AUGUUGGAUCCUAAUCGUACUAAGAUAGAAGAAUGGUGUAGGCUAGGUUUCCCUGUACCUUCACAGGCUAGAGUGAUAAGAAGCACAAGGCCAGGUCAAUUGGACUCUAUGAAGGCAAAGAUAAAGAUAAUCAAAUCAAAUAAUCAACCUACCACCGAACCAAGGAAUCUUUGGAAAAAGAGGGAUCGGGCAUGGUUAGGUCAGGUAAACCUGGUACUGGGCAAGGCCAGGCCAACAAGAAACCCUAAGGGAUGUAAGGAGGAAGAUAAACAGAAUAAGACAGUGCGAGCAGCGUGGUUCGAACACGCGAAUCGUGGUUGGAGGCCACUCGCGAAGCUUAUACAACAUAGAAGGAUGAAAGUGUGGGCCCACGAUUGUUCGAAACUUAUUCAUAGAGUUAGUCCUAAUGAAUAUUCUAGGCCGACCCCUGUAAUAGAAGACGCUAGAGCAACGGGAUUAAGGUCUUCGAAGAUAGUGGAAGGAGAUGGCAGAAUCGAACUACCACCUUGUGCUUGUAAGGCACCUGCUCUACCAUUAAGCUAA